AUGCUUGUUGUUGUCCAACCAGCUGAGCUUGCUGCCAAUCCACUGCCCCUUGCUGACUCCUCCCUCCCUCGACUCCCCUCCCCUCCUCUCCUCAUACCAACUCCCCCACCCACCAUGUUACUCCUCAACCUCAUUUGCCAGCUUUCAGCAGCACAUGAGUCCUUGCCACAACUCACCAUCCAGCAAGCCCUCUUCUUCAUCACCCUCUGCCAGCACCUCCAAACAUGCAUUGCCUGGCAAGAAAUCCCUGGCAUCAAACACCUCAACACUCCCCUGGCUGGCACAUUCCUGUCCUCUGGCAAGCUCUUCAGUGGACUGCUUGGACACCUGACAGGGAUCCUAUGCAUCCUACUGGCCCUCUGGUAG